GAGACCGUGCAACUAAGCGCAAAAAAUACACGCGAAAAUUACUGAAAAUUUCAAUGUUCUGAGUCGCCAUGUUCCUGCCUCACGUGCGAUAGCUGAAUGGCUUGUAGUUAUUCGACGAAUCUAAGUUCGACUGGCCAUUAGAAUUGGUUGUCGGUUUCCAAUUGAAAACCGAAGCUGGCCCUCAGCCAGCUUGGUACUGUGAAUAAAAAAAUUGACGCCUACUUUCUAGAUAUGAUCCCGCAGUUUCUCCUGGAAAUCGAUUCAAUGCGAUAGUGACUGUACAGUUUUUGCAGUGCCAAACUUCCAAUGUUGAAUUCUAAUUUAAUAUGGCGGACUGGUCCGAAGAGGUACAAGAAUCAGCACCUGUUGUGGCUGCUGAGAUAAUUGACAUUAAGCUAUUCGGCCGUUGGUCAUCCGCCGACGUUGAGGUUAAGGACAUUGGCCUGCAGGACUACAUCGCUGUCAAGGAAAAACAUGCCAAAUACCUGCCGCACUCAUCCGGUCGUUACGCAGCCAAACGCUUUCGCAAGGCGCAGUGCCCCAUCGUUGAGCGGCUUACGAACUCGAUGAUGAUGCACGGCCGCAACAAUGGCAAGAAGAUUCUCGCCGUGCGUAUUAUCAAGCACGCAUUUGAGAUCAUCCACUUGCUGACGGGUGAAAACCCGCUCCAGAUUCUCGUAAAUGCAAUCAUCAAUGCCGGACCUCGUGAAGACUCGACCCGUAUCGGUCGUGCUGGUACUGUACGACGUCAAGCCGUCGAUGUGUCGCCGCUACGUCGGGUGAACCAAGCUAUCUGGCUUCUGUGCACCGGAGCCCGGGAAGCCGCCUUCCGUAACAUCAAGACCAUUGCUGAGUGCCUCGCCGAUGAGCUCAUAAACGCUUCAAAGGGAUCGUCCAACUCGUAUGCGAUUAAAAAAAAGGACGAACUCGAGCGUGUCGCCAAGUCGAACCGUUAAGUCGUGCAUGGACGAAAAGACGAUACAGACACGGGAAAACAACUUGACAACUGUUGUUUCUUACAUGAAAAUGUGUGCUGGACUAUGUCGUUGGCUGCUAUUGGUCACAGUAAAGGCCAUCGUCACCAUGGCGGCGGUGGUGGCCAGAAACUUGUCGCGAAGUGGGAUUUAAUAAUAAAACGUCCAUGUGCGGCUUUAAGCACACUAAUUUGGCA